AUGAGAAAUUCAUUUAACUCGGGUUUAGAUGGUAAUACGAUGAUUAUUUGGUCGCCUCUUAAUUCAUUCGAAUUUACAAUACCAACUAAUCAGAAAGACUAAUGUAUACUAAAAGAACAUACAAAUUUUAUCCUAUGUUUACAUAUACUUACUCCAUCAGAGACCUCAUUUUUAGUGGAUCUUAUGAUAGGAAGAUAAAAUUUUGGUCUCUUUCAUCAACAAAGCUUUCUUUACCAUGGAAAUGUUCAUAGACUAUUGAAGAACAGAGAGUUAAAAUUUUUGGAUUAUCAAUUAAUCAAGAAGGUAAUAGAU